UUUACCUUGCAAUAACAAAUUCACUCUUGAUUGCAAGUUCUAGAAUCCAAUUUCCUGUCUCGUUAUCUGGUCCCUCUACCCUUUUGAAGUGUAGAAGGAUGGAAUGGCUUUCCUUUCUGGCACAAUCCAACCCCCUUCCUUUAACUUUUUGUCAGACCCUAAAUCAGUGGUGCCCAGACUUUGUCACCUUGCAAUCUACUCUUGCCAUCAUGAGAUCUACCUUAAGAACUAAUAGCAGGAUGGCACAGAGGCAAUUCCAUGUAUAAAUACCCCCAAUACGCCAAUGUGCCGAAAUUCGACGCUUCCGUGAGACAAUUUUUUCUGCCAGGAACUUUAAGAAGCUUCGCUUUCCCCCGCCUGAGAACAUUUGAUUCUCUUUCUGUGUGAGAUCAUUGGAGGAGGUGAAGAGAACCAUGCAGUUGAUUUGGGGAAGGACUUAACACUCUGUGCUGUUAAUGUCUGUAUUCAAGAGGGGACUGCAGGAGUCAGGACUGCUGCUCAGGAUUUGGUGCAGGGAAUAAUCUCAAAUCUGCAAUCACUAUCCCUUGGUCUUUGGGGAUCUGCAUGUCGCCUGGAGGAGCUGCACCACCUCUUACCCUCUUCUGAUCUCAGCUUCUCCAUGGACUGACAAACGGAAUAAUCACCGACUAAAGCAUAUUCAUUAGCAUUCGCCAAAUCUGAUUGCCAAGCCCAGGAUUGUAGCAACCAAGCUAGGAAAAUGACAUCGCCAGCGAAAUUUAAAAAGGAUAAAGAGAUCAUCGCUGAGUAUGAUACCCAAGUGAAAGAGAUUCGAGCUCAGCUCAUAGAACAGCUAAAAUGCCUUGACCAACAAUGUGAUCUACGCACUCAGCUUCUACAAGACCUACAGGAUUUCUUCCGCAAGAAGGCAGAGAUAGAAAUGGAUUAUUCCCGAAACCUGGAGAAGCUUACGGAGCGGUUCCUUUCCAAAACACGUGGAGCAAAAGAUCAGCAGUUUAAGAAAGAUCAAAAUGUACUAUCUCCGGUGAACUGCUGGAACCUGCUUCUCACCCAGGUAAAAAGGGAGAGUCGAGAUCAUGCAACACUUAGUGAUAUCUACCUGAAUAACAUUAUUCCGCGAUUUGGUCAGAUCAGCGAAGACUCUGGGCGAUUGUUCAAAAAGAGUAAAGAGAUUGGGCUGCAGCUGCAUGAGGAUCUGAUGAAAGUGUUAAAUGAACUUUACACGGUGAUGAAGACAUAUCAUAUGUACAAUGCGGACAGCAUCAGUGCACAGAGCAAACUGAAAGAUGCAGAGAAGCAAGAGGAGAAGCAGAUGAGUCGAUCCGUAAGACAAGAAGACCGCCAGACUCCCCGUUCUCCCGACACCGCAGCAAGCAUCCGGCUUGAGGAAAAGCACAUACGGCGUAGCUCAGUUAGGAAGAUCGAGAAGAUGAAAGAGAAGCGCCAGGCCAAAUACACUGAAAACAAAGUAAAAGCAAUAAAGGCUCGGAAUGAGUAUGUUUUGGCUCUGGAAUCAACUAAUGCAUCUGUAUUCAAAUACUACAUCCAUGAUUUGUCGGACCUCAUUGAUUGCUGUGACUUAGGCUAUCACUCCAGCCUGCACCGUGCCCUUCGUACCUUCCUCUCUGCUGAAUUCAACUUGCAGCACUCAAAGCAGGAGGGUCUUGAAGCUUUGGAGAAUGCAACAGAAAAUCUAGAUGCAUCUACAGAUAAACAACGUCUGAUGGAGUCUUCCAACAGUGUCUUUUGCCCACCAGUAAGGUUUGAGUUCCAACCACACAUGGGAGACAUGGUCGCCCAGCUCUGUGCUCAGCAGCCUCUGCAAGGGGAACUGGCACAAAGGUGUCAGCAGCUGCAGUGUCGUUUGUCUACCCUUCAGAUUGAGAAUGAGGAGGUGAAAAAGACCAUGGAAGCGACGCUUCAGACUAUUCAAGACAUGGUCACUGUAGAAGACUUUGAUGUAUCAGACUGCUUCCAGUAUAGCAAUUCCAUGGAGUCUGUAAAAUCAACUGUGUCAGAGACUUACAUGAGCAAACCAAGCAUUGCCAAGCGCCGUGCCAACCAGCAAGAGACCGAGCAAUUCUACUUCACGAAAAUAAAAGAAUUUCUAGAGGGGCGAAAUCUGAUCACAAAACUGAAAGCCAAGCACGACAUGCUGCAGAAAACCCUGGGAGAGUGUCAGCGCACAGACUGUUCUCUAGCCAGUGGUCGUAGAAUGUCUACCCUCAGAAAGCAGGAUGCCAAGCAACCCAUUCCACUAGUGGUUGAAAGCUGUAUUCGGUUCCUAAGUCAACAUGGUCUCCGGCAUGUUGGAAUAUUUCGGGUGUCUGGUUCUCAGGUGGAAGUGAAUGAUAUAAAGAAUGCAUUUGAGAGAGGGGAGGACCCCUUGGAAGAAGACCAGAAUGACCAUGAUUUGGAUUCAGUGGCUGGUGUCCUCAAGCUACAUUUUCGAGGGCUUGCAACUCCUCUUUUUCCAAAGGAAAUCUUCCAUGACCUCCUGAGCUGUGUCUCAAUGGACAACAUUCAAGAGAGAGCAUCCCACAUGCGCAGAGUAUUACUUUGUUUCCCUUCUUCUACACUAGUUCUCAUGAGAUACCUCUUCUCCUUCCUCAAUCAUCUGUCUCAGUUUAGUGAUGAUAAUAUGAUGGAUCCCUACAAUCUGGCCAUCUGCUUUGGUCCAACCUUGAUGUGUGUCCCUGACAAUCAUGACCAGGUGUCUUACCAAUCACAUAUCAAUGAGAUCAUCAAAACCAUCAUCAUGCAGCAUGAAUGCAUCUUUCCUGGUCCACGCGAGCUGGAGGGACCAGUCUAUAUCCCAGGGAGUGAAGACUGCGAGAGUUCUCACAGUGAGCCCAUCUCAGCAGAAGACAGUGUGUUGGAUAUUACAACUGAAUUGCAAAGUUCAGAAGAGGGUUACCACACCAACAGCACUGGAUAUAGCAGCCGGAGGAUACUUACUGGAAGUGAAGAUCCCCCAAGCGAGAGGUCAAGCCCUCGAUCUGAAUCUGAGCAAAGCUCUGAGCCACUUCCUCAAGAAAAGGUCACCGCAAGAGCCACUCUCAGCUGUCCUGCAGGGAGUCAUGUGGCUGAUAUAUACCUUGCUAAUAUUAACAAACAGAGGAAGAGGCCAGAAUCUGGAAGCAUUCGGAGAACGUUCCGGCAGAGUGAUAGCCUCUCUAGUUCUGAUACAUCAGAGCCAGCUUCCCCCGGAGGAUCAGUAAGACCUGCAUCUCAACCUGUCAUGAGCCAAAACUUCUCUAGGGAGGCUCCAGACCGCUGCUCUAUCAGUGGACAUGGCACAGUCAGCAACAUUAGUCGACAUGCGUCCCUGAAGAACCGGAUGGAUAGCCCUCAAAUACGUAAAGCAAUGGCGGCAGGAAGGUCAAAGAGCUUCAACAAUCACCGCCCACUGGAUCCAGAAGUCAUUGCUCAGGAUAUUGAAGCUACCAUGAACUCUGCUCUUAAUGAACUCAGGGAGCUUGAGCGCCAAAGCAAUGCUAAACAUGCCCCUGAUGUGGUGCUGGACACCUUGGAGCCUCUAAAGACCUCUCCUGUGGCUGCCCCUAAUUCUGAGCCUUCCAGUCCCCUCCAUGCCCAGUCCCUGAGGGAUGUGGAACCUGGUUUCCAGCGAAGCUCCAGCUCAGCUAGCGAUAUCACUUGUUCUUUCCGUACUGCCAAAUCUGUGCGGCUUCCCCCAUCUCGACCUCCAGCCACAAGGCCUAAACCUAAUAUGUUCCCCAAAUCUGGGCCCCAAGCUGCAAGUGGAGUAGGUUCUACAUCCGGUCAGCAGCCUCCUGACAAGUCUUGUCCAGUGUGAUGCUGGGUGUGGGGACAUCACUGUGAAAUCAAUGUUAAGUCUUCAGUGUGUACAUAGAGACUUGAGGGUCAUAAGAAGCCUUAAAAUAAAGGCGGGGAGAGGUUAAAAUGGGGAUAGAACUGAAGGUGUCAGUCCCAUGCAGGACCAAAAAGAAGAAAAAGCUGAGUGCAAACUGUUUAAUAGGUCAGUCCAACUCAGGGCAGAAGUGACCGCAUGAUAGCAAUGUUUAAUGUGUUAGCGGUCAGUCUGACUUGUGUAGCAAUGUGAUCUAAGGACAGCAACACAUUUAAUCAGUUCACAGGACAGUUCCAACGCCAAACUACAUAAACUACCAACUGGGUUUAAAAUAUUGUUCAGUGUAUGAAACUGUCCCUGUGUUUAGUUACUAGUUAGGAUUCAACUGGAUGUAGAGACUGCACCAAAAUAUGACCAGGGUAAGUUUUAGGCUCACAAGUUCAUUUUAAGCAUCAGCCAUUCAGUUAUGUUACAAAGUAUGUCACUGCUAUUAAUCUUUUUCCCUUAUAUAAGGGAUUGUUAUGCUGUCAUUUUUGACAAGUUACUGAAAUCUUUAAAAAUGGUUCAAAUGCCUUAAAUGAUACUGUAUUUACAGGUGGUGUUUUUAAUUUUAAAGAUCUUUCCUGGCUAAUGCCUGUUAAGUAAUUCCUGCAGGGCAACAGUAGCUUGUUGCAUGCCUAUAGUUUGUGCUGGGCACAGUACGCAAAGAAGCUCCCCUAGUACAGGACCAUGUAAACAAAUGCAAUAUGUUACUUUUUGCUGCUGGAAUCCCUUUAAUUGUUGUUGAUCUACAUUGUUUUGAUUCUGUACUUUCCUCUUUGUAUAAUGGAGGGUGCUUAUGUUAGAGGGAAUAUGUCCAAGCUGUAGCAGCCCACCGACCCUAAUGAAUUGGGAUCUAUAGUUUUUCAGUAGUAGACACCCUAGUAGCCUUCUUGGCUUUUGAAAGAGAGUGUCAUUUAAGUAUCCACUUUUUAGGUUGGUUUUGUUUUUAGCAUUUUGCAUUGUGGUUAUAUUCUUUUCUCUCUUAUUGAAUACAAGAACACAUUCACCAUUUGAAAAAGAAAAAUAUCACAUAAAAGUCAUAUCAAUUCAUUUUCGGUUGAAGGGGCAAUAGCCUGGCUGCUUUUUUUUUUUUUUUUUUUAAGGAAGGAUGUCUAAGAUGCUUUGCAGCUGCCUGAGGGUUUAUUCAGGUAAUUUUUUUUUGGGGGGGGGGUGUUGGGGAAAACAGAUUUGUUUCCCUAGAUACAUAAAGCUUGAAGGUCAUAGGGUGAGAUUUAGGGUGAAAAUAUCUCCUGCCCUAGAUACUCUUGGAACUAUUUCUGAAUGACAGACAACCAGUGUUUUACUUGUUAUGAGCUAUGGGGAGAUGGGAUUAAAAGGACUGAACCUGACGCAAAAGAUCUUAAAAUGAACAGUUUGAAAACUUUAAUCUAGAAUUCAGGGAAAGAUAAGUAGAUGAGAGAAUGGCUUCCUAUGAGUUUACUUUGGCAUUGUUGGGUUUGUAGCUUGUCCUUUGUAAUAUUAAUAUGUUAUUUUAAAAAAAAACUUUCAACCAUUACGUUGAUAUCAAGUACAGUUCCAAUAACCUACCCCUCGCUAAAGCCUUGGGCUACAAUUUGUGCCCUUUGUUCUACCCAGGAAGUGAAACUGGCCACCAUUGCUUAAAAGAUGGAACAGUGUUCAUGAUCAAAAUGGUUCUAUUGAUUCAAACUUUAACUUCAUGGCUGAUUAUUAAAUGUAGCAUUCCUGUCCAGGCUGCUUU